CCCCUUGUCAUAUUGUCUGUAAAGGAAAGGUUUGCACCCAUUGCCAAAAUUGAUGGGAAGCGCAAAGACAGUUGGAGUAUGUGGUAAUAUGGAAUAGGUAAACCAAUUAACUAAACGAAUAAGUUGUGUUUAUAUAACACUAUUAAUUGGGGGGAAAGUAUAUGCCUAAAAAUACAUAUUUCGAUCAAACACUCUUAUAACCUAAAAUGUUUAAGCGCUUUAAAAGGCGACGCAAAGAAAGUUUGCCUGUUCACGGUCUCUUUAAAAGCAACCCAUUCGCCUUCCUCGGAGAAUGACAUGUCCGAAAGGGGAGGACUGGAUCCGGAGCCAGUCCAGGAGGCUUGGACGGGCUGGAGUGUGUCUACAUGUGAAGCGACUAACCAGGGGUGGAUGCAGGAUUCUCGACGCAACAAGUUGACUGUUUAUUUAUUCGUUUUUCCAUUCUAACAAUGUUGGAACAGAUUUCGGGACGGUAUCUCCGUCUGAACUUCUAGGAGUUUCGGCUCCGGUGUGGUAUUAUGGAUUACACAAUGUCAAGGUCUGGAUUGCGAAUCUGAAGGACGAAUGUUUGCAUAGUUUCAGAUUCACCGACUGACUUUGAUUCCUUUUUAUCUGUAUGGAUUCAUUUUUAUGGGCAUCCCCGGAUUCUGUGGCUAGAUUAUGCAUUCGCUAGGAUGGGCGCGAACAAUGGGAAACAGUGUGGAAGUGAGGGUAAAGGCAGCUCCAGUAUCUCCUCCGACGUGAGUUCAAGUACGGAUCACACGUCAACAAAAGCUCCCAGGAAUGUAGCUACCAGCGAAGACUCGGACCUGAGCAUGAGGACGCUGAGCACGCCCAGCCCCGCCCUCAUCCUGUCUCCGAGCUCCUCCCCCCUGUCGCCGUCAGCCAUCAUCAAUGGCUCCUCCACCUCUUCCUCUUCGGUCACCGGGGAGACCGUCGCCAUGGUGCACGCUCCCCCCGGCAGCCUGCCCCACGCACGUAUGCGGGCCUGGCCCCGGCCCACGAAGGAACAGCUGCCGCCCAUUGAGCUGCUCCCGGACCACGUCUUCCUGACCAUCUUCUCCCACCUGCCCACCAAUCAGCUGUGCCGAUGCGCCCGCGUCUGCCGCCGCUGGUACAACCUGGCGUGGGACCCGCGGCUGUGGCGGACUAUCCGCCUGACGGGGGAGCUCCUGCACGCCGACCGCGCUCUGCGCAUCCUCACCCGCCGCCUCUGCCAGGACACCCCCAACGUCUGCCUCAUGUUGGAGGCAGUGGUAGCCAGCGGCUGCAGGCGGCUGACAGACCGCGGCCUACACACAGUGGCUCAGUGCUGCCCCGAACUGCGCCGCCUGGAGGUGGCCAGCUGCUACAAUGUGUCCAACGAGGCCGUGUUCGACGUGGUGUCCCGCUGUCCAAACCUGGAGCACCUGGAUGUCUCAGGCUGCUCCAAGGUGACCUGCAUCAGCCUGACGCGCGACGUCUCCCUCAAGCUGGCCCCCAUGCAUGGCCAGCAGAUCUGCAUCCGCUACCUGGACAUGACGGACUGCUUCGCGCUGGAGGACGAGGGCCUGCAUACCAUCGCGGCGCACUGCACGCAGCUGACGCACCUGUACCUGCGGCGGUGCACGCGCCUCACCGACGAGGGCCUGCGCUGCCUGGUGCUCUACUGCCCCGGCGUGCGCGAGCUCAGCGUCAGCGACUGCCGCUUCAUCAGCGACUUCGGGCUGCGCGAGAUCGCCAAGCUGGAGGGCCGCCUGCGCUACCUGAGCGUGGCGCACUGCGGCCGCAUCACCGACGUGGGCGUGCGCUACAUCGCCAAAUACUGCGGCAAGCUGCGCUACCUCAAUGCCCGCGGCUGUGAGGGCCUCACGGACCAUGGCCUCGAGCACCUGGCCAAGAACUGCCCCAGGCUCAAAUCACUGGACAUCGGCAAGUGUCCCCUAGUGUCGGACGCCGGGCUGGAACUGCUGGCCCUCAACUGCUUUAACCUGAAGAGGCUGAGCCUGAAGGCCUGCGAGAGCAUCACCGGCCGCGGCCUUCAGAUAGUGGCCGCCAACUGCUUCGACCUGCAGUUGCUCAACGUGCAGGACUGUGACGUGCCACUAGAGGCGCUGUGCUUUGUCAAACGCCACUGCAAGCGCUGCGUCAUUGAGCACACCAACCCCGCCUUCUUCUGACGGGGCAGACAGAGGACAACUGGGAAAUGUGUGCAGUACUCACUUACCCACAAUGCUGUGUGGGUCCAGUUCUGUUACACAUGAGUAUUUAUAUGCGUGUGUGUAUUUUGUAUUACAAUCGUUGCCGUGGCCUGGCUGUAAAUGUUCGCGCGCUCGCUCACUCGCUCAGCUCCACGAUGCAAGAAGCUCAUAUAGUUUUUAACAGAAGUAUGACGUAUGAGUCUCCACCCAGAGUCACACAUAAACGACCGUAAAUGCUUGCAUGUAAAGUGUGAAUGUCAGUUUUGGUCCUAAUCCUCAUAAUCUCUGAUUAUAGUGCAGUGUUUUGUUGGAGCUCUUGUUGAACAUACUACCAAAAGACAGCUUUAAAAAUAUCAAUAUACACGAGAUAUUUAAAUACUCCACUUUUAAACAUUGACAAGUUGAUUGUUUUUUAUUAAAUAAAGAUCCUUUAGACCUGAUAGUCAUACAAAUUCAGAAUGGAAAAUGAAUGCUGGACAAAUUACUGAAAAUUCAGUGGCAUCAAAAUGUGUCAAAACUUAAUGAAAAUAACAGAAUUUUUUUUUCCAGCCCCAUAAAUAUUGUAAAUGAAACGCCAAUUAAAGAUAGUGUGGCAAGUCCUGGUGCAUGUGGCAUGUCAAUCAUGUGUCUGUCCAACAGGACGCCUCCACUGAGAGCGUGAUCCCUCCUCCCAUAUUCUGGUUAUGAAUAUAAGAUGUUCUCCCUGUCAAAACUUUGGGAUCAUCAGGUUUUAUCCUUAGUCAUCUGGGUGCAGAUUUCGGAGAUCUUUCUACAUUUCACUCUUGUAUUUUUCGCUUGCUGAUUAUGUUUGUUGAUGCAUCACCUGUAACGUACAUUUCUGACAGCAUCGCUGUCUGUCUCUCCUACAGAAGCCAUUGUACCGUGACUCUCUUUUUAACUUUAAGGUCUGUUUAUCGUUAUGCACUGAGACAAUCACCCCGUUAAAGUGGACCAGUUAAUUACUGAUGGGGAAAAAAAAAACUCAGAUAUGUCUGAGAAAUGUUAGCCAGUAUUAAAAAAUGUGGAUGGAAUGAAAGAUUUACCAAAAACUAAAUGUCAGUAUUGGGAAUUAAUAUGCCUGGAAAUGUGUUCCAGAUCAUUUGCUGUCACAUAGAAUCCUCUCAAAUAAACAUUCCUUUUAAUAGAAAA